AUGGCUUCCCCUAGCGUUCUCACCUUUGACGCUGAGGGUCGGGCAGUGGACUUUGAGGUAUGGGUAGAUGAUCUGCAGCUUUUCCUGCAGUGCGAUAGGGCAGACGGCCUCUCCCUGUUUGACCUCACUUCUGGUGCCUCCCCUGCCCCAACUGCUGAUGCUGACGCCACUGUUUGCUCACAGUGGGCCACACGUGACGCUGCUGCUCGCCUUGCUGUGCGCCGCCACUUACCGACCACUGAGCGUGCACACUUUAGCUACCGCCUCAUGCUACCGUACCUCUUCCCUGACCUUGCUGCCUUUCCCACUGUUGCUGACCUCAUUACGCACCUCCGCACUAGUGACACUCGCUACCGCCCUGCGCUUCUUGCUGAGUUCUGCGCCAAGAACUCCCCCCCCAUGUACAUCACCCUCUACUACAUAGUCACCCGUCUCCCUGACUCUCUCCGUGUAGUCAGGGACCACUUCCUCUCUGUUUGCCCCACCACUCUCACCGCUGACCUCCUCGAGAAGGCCCUCCUAGCGAUAGAGAAGAGCAUAGUCGCUGUAGGAGCCUCUCGUGGUGACCCUCGCACCCCCGUCUUUGAGGGGUGUUCUCCCUCCCCCCUCUUGCCCUCUAUUGCCUCUGCUGCUGCGGCCGACCUCGUUGGUUUCGAGUCAGUCGGCGCUGCGUCUGCCCCGAGCGGGAGACGCCGCACCGGCAAGGGCAAGGGGGGCAAGGGCACUGGAGGAGGUGGAGGGGGCGGUGGAGGUAGUGGUGGAGGCGGUGGAGGGAGUGGGGGUGGUGGUGGGAGUGGUGCUGGGGGUGGCGGCGGCGGCGGCAGCAGUGGAGGUGGCGGAGGCGGUGGAGGUGGCGGAGGGAGCGGAGGCGGCGGAGGUAGUGGAGGAGGCGGAGGUGGAGGAGGUGGCGGAGGCGGCGGAGGCGGCGGUGGUGGAGCGAGUCGCGACUCUGCGUCGAGGAGUGGCGCCGGUGGUGGUCAGCGCCAGCAGCUGCAGCGGAGUGGUGUGACCCUGUCCCCUCAGCAGCUUCGUGAGUGGUACACUGCACGCCAGCGUGGUGGGGGUUUUGGUCCCUGCUCUUACGUUCUCCGUACCGGCGACCGCACUGGUGAGCAGUGCGGGGGUCCGCACUCCACCCAGCGCUGCUUUGGUCGCCUGACGGACGCGUGGCGUCGCCAGUUCCCUGAGGCGUCAGAGAUCCCUCGCUGGGGAGAUCUGGCUAAGGCCGGGGUUGAUAUCUUUGAUAUUGAAUUUGAUGCUAUUCUUGCUGCCAUGUAUGCUGAUGCUGAUAGUGUUGAGGGUGCCUGUUACCUGUGUGUACCGCCUGACCCGGGCAUUAAGGCUGCUGCGCUAGGUGCUGGUGAGACUGCUGCUCUAGGUGCUAGUGCGUCUGCUGCCCCAGGUGCCAGUGCGUCUGCCGCCCCAGGUGCUGGUGAGUCUGCUCUCUCAGGUACUACGUCGGCUCAGGCCUUCCACACCUUCACCCUGGACUCGGGUGCGUCCCGCUCCUUCUUUCGAGACCGCACCACUCUUACGCCGCUUAGUCGGCCGGUUGCAGUCUCCCUAGCAGAUCCCUCUGGGGAUCCUGUCCUUGCUAGCUUCUCCACCGUCCUUCCGUGCCCUGCAGCCCCCUCUGGCACCCUGUCUGGUCUCUACCUCCCCUCAUUCUCUACGAACUUGGUGAGUGGAGCGGACCUACAGGAUCGAGGCGCCCCGUGA